AUGGAUUGUACUUCCGAGUACAUAAUUUUGGACAUCCUCAACGAAUCAAGUGUGACGAAUUUGUCUCAAGAUUGUUGUAUUUAUAAGAUUCCUGAAGAUCUCAGGGAGCAAAACAAAGGUGCCUUUGCUCCUCAUUUGAUUUCAAUUGGCCCAAUUCACCAUAACAAUCCAAAAUUGAAGUCAAUGGAACAACAAAAAUACUUAUAUUUUAGAUAUUUUCGUGAUAAACUAUCUUCAGAUGAGGACAGACAGAAUUUAGAAUCAUACACUGCUGAGCUUGAAGAGGGAGAAGAACAACUAAGAAAGUGUUAUUCAGAAAAAUACACUCAUUUCGAGAAAAACAGGUUUGUGCGCAUGAUGCUGUUGGAUGCUGUUUUCAUCAUGGAGCUCUUCUUGAGAAAGAAGGAAGGACAACUUGAUCAUGAUGUUCCAUUUAAGAAUUCCACGAUUCGUAAGAUCGUAGAGAGGGAUUUGAUAUUACUUGAAAAUCAAAUUCCAUUUUAUCUCUUGAAUACAUUAUUUGAUCAUGUUGUACCCACCAGUCGAAAGAAUGAAUUGGCCUGUCCGACUUUUCUUGAACUUGCUCGAUCCUACUUUGAAAUUUAUGAUCCUUAUGAUGAUAAGUCAGUGGACGAAAUCAAUACCAGUAAUUUGCUGAAGCAGCACUGGGACAGACCAAAACACUUCACUGAUUUAAUUAGAUAUUUUAUGAUUCCGCAGCAUUUGGUGCAGCAUUCGCUCCCAGAUGAAGAUGGUCGUCAUCCAAUCAUAAAGACUGCAACAAAGUUGAAAGGGGUAGGGAUAGCUUUUGAGAAAGUUUCAAACAAAUGUUUGUUAGAUGUCCAGUUCAAGAAAGGGGGACAUUGGAAUUGGUUGAGUCACUUUGGAUUCUUGCCAAAGAAGUUCAAAGCUCGUUUGCUAAUCCCAAAACUGACGGUUGACUACUCCACAGAAUCUGUCCUGCGCAACCUCAUGGCCUUUGAACAAUAUUCCUACCCUAAUCAUCAUUAUGUUUCCAGUUAUGUUGCUCUGAUUACUGAUCUUAUUCACAGUAAAGAAGAUGUAGAUGUGAUGGUUGAGGAUAAAGUUAUUGCUCAUGAAUUGGGGAGCGACAAAGAGUUGGCACAGCUGAUCAAUAUUCUUGGCAAAAACACUGUUCUGAAUUCCCCAUUUUAUGACCAAGUUUCAAGAGGAUUGAACAAGCACUGCGACAGAAAAAUUAACAAAACUCUUGGCUUGUUAUCUUCAGUAUACUUCCCGGACCUUUGGGGAGGCACCGCAACAGCAGCAGCCAUUAUUGUCCUUCUUUUUGCAAUCACAAACUUCGUUAAAAAUAUAAUCAACAACAACAACAACAACAACAAGCCUUUAUCCCACUAGGUGGGGUCGGCUACAUGGAUUGCAAGACGCCAUUGUGCUCUAUCAUUUAUUAAGCUUUUAGAAAUAUUAUUAAUUAAGAGAUCACGUUCAACAACUUCCAAGAGUGUUCUCUUAGGCCUUCCUCUACCUCUCUUAAUCGGACUCAAAGUUAUAUGUUCCACUCUUCUCACUGGUGCCUCCCUUGGUCUUCUUUGUACAUGCCCAAACCAUCUCAACCAAUUUUCUACCAUUUUUUCCUCAAUAGGUGCCACCCUCACUUUUUCAAGUAUGUGCUCAUUUCGAAUUUUAUCUUUACGUGUAUGUCCGCACAUCCAUCGUAACAUUCUCAAAUCUGCUACUUCAACUUUAUGCUCUUGCUGUCCCGUUAGAGCCCAGCAUUCACUACUAUAUAACAUUGCCGGUCUGAUAGCAGUAUGAUAAAACUUUCCUUUAAGUUUAUUAGGCACCUUACGGU